CACACACACCCCAUGAGAAGCAGUGCUCUAUAGUCUACAUAUAUACACACAUAUAUGUAUACAUAUAGAGAGAGAAAAGGUUUGUCUGUCUAGGACUCUAGUGUCUAGUGCCUACAACUAAAACAAUUACUACUGUAUUAACACCCUUGUUAGUGUUUUGGGGGAAGAGAGAGAGAGAGAGAGAGAGAGAGAGAUGGAGGGUGGGAAGAGAGCAGAGGCAGGAUCAUCUUCUGGGGUUUUCUCAGGUAGUGGUGUUGGGGAUGGAAAACAAGUUCAAGGGAAACAAACAGAAAUGAGUGAGAGACCUGCAGAGGAGGAGGUUGGUGAUGAUAUUGAGACUGUUGAUCAUGGAGAUGAUGAUGAUGAUGGCGAUGAUGAUCAUGAAGAAGAAGGCGGGGCUGUUGGUAAUUUUGUUCCUAGCCCUCUUUUACCUCUCAAAGAUCAGCUUGAGAAAGACAAGGAUGAUGAGAGCUUAAGGAGGUGGAAAGAGAAGCUGCUCGGUUGUUUGGAAGGCGACUUAAAUGGGCAAAUGGAACCUGAAGUCUCAUUUCAUUCCAUUGGAAUCAUAUCCGAAGACCUUGGGGAAAUUAACACUCCCUUGCCUCUUGAUGUGAGCACGAGCAGCCGCGUCCUCUUUACUCUCAGGGAGGGAUCGCAGUAUCGAUUUAAGCUGACAUUCACUGUUCUGCACAACAUUGUGUCUGGUCUGACAUAUACGAACACAGUGUGGAAGGGAGGACUACAAGUUGAUCAAAGCAAAGGAAUGUUGGGUACUUUUGCUCCUCAGCGAGAACCAUAUGUACACACCUUGGAUGAGGAGACCACUCCAUCUGGCGUGCUUGCAAGAGGAAUUUACUCGGCAAAGCUUAAGUUUGAAGAUGAUGACAGAAGAUGUCAUAUGGAGCUCAAAUAUUCGUUCGAGAUCAGAAAAAGCAGCUAGCCAAGUCUUCAUUGAAAGAGUUUAUUCUUGUCUUUCGCCUUUUUUGGUUCUUUUAUUUUAUUUUUAUUUUUUGAACUACACAUACUUGUUUGUCAGUGUGAAACACAAGAGUUUUACUUCAGAGUUGUAUCUUGAUUCUUGAAACACACAUGAUUUCAUGAAGGGUUUAUGAGAGGGGAAAAGAUUGGAGACA